CAUAUCCCCCCAAAUCCCCUCCCUCACAAUGCUAUCCCAACAGCAACAACCACAGCAGCAGCAGGGCCUCCAUCGCCCUAGCCCCAGAGUCCUCUCCACAAAACGCCUACAUUCCCACCACCCAGAUAGCUUCUCCUCCAGGUACCGAGCCGGCAAGGCCAAACCCCGAUCUCGCGAACAAUCAGUCGUCGCAUCACGACGUCUCCAUCGCAGCAGACACACCCCCGACACACCCCCAGAUGGAAGCAACUCAUCCCUCUCCCACGGCGUAAUAACCCUCACUAUCGGCCCAACCAAACGCCUCUUCGCCGCACACAAAGACAUCCUCUGCGUCUCGCCCUACUUCGCAGCCCUCUGCAAUCCCCCCAGCAAUGAUACCUCCUCUUCCUCUCCUUCUUCUUCCCCUUCGUCCUCACCAAGCCCCAUCAAAUCCAUGAAAACAAUCGACCUCCCCGACGAACAACCCGAAAUCUUCUCCUGCGUCCUCGAAUAUCUCUAUCGCGGCGACUACUACCCCCGUCUCCGCCACGACAAAUCCACCAACACAUGGGACUUGGAAACAACAACCUCCUCCUCAUCCUCCACCCCUAAUUCCAGAAGUAAAACUACCACUAAUACCAAAGACACCACCGACCCCAGCGCCAUCAUCUUCCACCCAGCCGUAGGAGCCGAAAUCCUCCGCGACACCGCAGUAUACUGCGCAGCCGAGAAAUACUCCCUCGAGCAUCUCAAACGCCUCUCGUUGAAAAAGCAAGGCCUCCACUCCAACAUCCCCUGCCACAUUAUCCUGAGCAGUGCGCGGUACGCGUACAUGCACACGCCGGAUACGGAGAGUAAGCUGCGGGCGCAUUAUCUGGCGCUGAUCAUACGCAGUCGGGGAACGUUUAAGCGGAGUGGGACGAUGCAGAUGGAGAUGGAACGUGGGGGGAAGUUGUUUUUUGAUUUGUUUGUGGCGAUGUGUAAUCAUAUGGAUGAUCUUGAGGAGGCGGCGAGGGGUGAAGGGACAUGUUAG